UGCUUUGUUCAUUUAUGUAGUUUCUGCAAUCUCCCGUCGGAAAUCGGAAGCAAAUUGAAUGAAUUAGAUAAUGCGCCUUUCGAUGCAGCCUGGAUUGCGGAGACUCAGAGAGUUGUUUCAGCAGUUCGGAAGGAUUUCGAACGUUUGAGCACCUAUGUGAAGCACCUACGUGAACGAGUUUCACAAGAAGAAAGAAGGGUAGAAGAACUGAGAACAGAGCUGGAUAGUUCUGCCAAAGAACUGGCGAAAAAGGAGACUGAGCUGGAGAGCACGAAGAUGGCUCACGGAGAACAAAUAGAACAUUUCUCUAGGGAGAAAAAAGAAAUCGAAGAAACUGUGGCAGGCUUAAAGAAUGAGCUCGGUCAGCAUCACCUUCGUGGAAAGAAACUUGAAGAAACAGUACAUGAGCUGAGGCAGAAAUUAUGUCAAUGCGAGACUGACACAAAUUCACUAACCAAAGUACUACAAGAAAAAACAGCAUUAAUUCGUGGGCAAAAUGCGGAGUUUUUGACUUUGGAGAGUACGAUCCGAGAGUUACAGAAGCAACUAUCCGAAGCACAAGCUCGUCACACAGACGCCUUGGAGGAAAACCAACGUGCUCUACUGGAAAAGAAUAAUAUGGAAAUACAACUAAGUAACAUGCGUCAUAAACAUCAACUCGUCUCAGAAAGGAUUGAAGUUUUGACAGAUCAAAAUUCUAAGCAGGAGUCGAAGGAAAAAGAAUAUCUGGCGUUGAUAGGCGAGUUACAGGAAAAGCUCACCGCGGCAGAAGCCAGCAAGGCGAAAAUAUUAGAGGAAUACCAACAACAAGAGAUCAUGUUGUCUGAAUUUCAGGAAACUAGUAAACAAGCUUGCACAAAAACAGUGAAACUCGAAGAAGAGAUCGAUGAGUUACAAUCUACAAUUUUGCGAUAUCAGAACAAGAUUGAACUGUUAAUCCAAUACCCAGACUUGAAUAUACCUACACAAACGACGAAAGAUGCGCCAAUCCAAAGUGUUCAGGAUGAAAUUGAAGGUCAGAUCAAUGCAAAUGAACUACGUAUCGCAGUUCUGCAGGAACAAACCAAACGGUUACAGAAUGCUCGGAAGAGAAUGUCAGAAGUUAGAAAACAGCACUCGAUUGAAGAACCAGCGUCGGCUGCAAGUGAUGUUACUUUUUCUUCUAUCGACAGACUGCCUCCAUUGUCAGUAACACUUUCCGGGUGUGGGUCUGCCAUAUCGCAUAAAAGCAGUUUGCCAAAAGAACAUCGAGACGCAUUGUUAGCAUUGUCACCUUUUGCGGCUCAAAAACUACGCCAACCCCCACGUGUGCAAGUUCCGCCACUUCAGCUUUGGUCAGGGCCAGUGAAAACGCAAAAACCGAGCAGACGGAGACAAUAUUAGAUGCGUCGGAAACAAAACCGAGACGUUUACCGGCUUGCCAACUAAACCAAGUAACCUACAUUUUUAGAACGUAUGACUUAUUCAGCAAGCUAAAUGUACAAAUGAUCAAAUGGCUUCCAGCAUUUUUUGAUUCUGUUGAAUGAUAUGGUAAUAUUUUCUUCAUCUUUUC